AUGAUGGAUUCCAAGUACAAUGCAGGUACAAGUGGCCAAGUUUCAAAAUUUCAGAUGAAGAUGAAACCCACUCCUAUUAUAUUCAGUAAAACAGGUCCUCCUAGUCCGAAGAAGAUCAAACUGUCAAAUGAAAAUCAGAAACACACCACAAGUAAUGGUAAUUUCAAUAAUAGGCCCAAAAUCAGCAUUCAGGAGCAUAGGAGGAAGUUACCUGUAUUUGGAAAAAGAAAUAAAUUAUUAGAAUUGAUAAAAAAUCACAAUACUUUGAUUAUAUUAGGUGAAACAGGUAGUGGAAAAACAACUCAAAUCCCUCAGUAUAUUUACUCUGCUAGACUACAAGAAAAUGGAAAAAUUGCUGUCACACAACCCAGGAGGGUGGCUGCAAUAAGUGUGGCCAUGAGAGUUGCUCAGGAGCAUGGACAAGGGUUGCAAGUGGGUGAUGUAGUUGGUUAUGCAGUUAGAUUUGAAGAUGUCACUUCACAGAAAACAAAAAUAAAAUUCUUGACUGAUGGUAUGUUACUACGAGAAGCCAUGUUUGAUAGACUUCUAAUGGAAUACACUGUUGUUAUUUUGGAUGAAGCUCAUGAGAGAACUCUUCAUACUGAUGUAUUGUUUGGUAUUGUGAAAAGGGCACAAAAAAUUCGAGAAGAUCGGAAUCUGGCACCCUUAAAGAUACUGAUAAUGUCUGCAACAAUGGAUGUUGAUCAUUUCUCCAGGUACUUCAAUAAUUGUAAAGCAGUGUAUUUAGAGGGAAGAACAUACCCUGUCAAUAUUUAUUACACUAUCAAGCCUCAUGAUGACUAUCAAACAAGUUGUGUGGCAACAUUUUUCAAAAUACAUAAGGAAGCACCACCUGACCAUGAUGUUCUGAUAUUCCUUACUGGACAAGAAGAGAUUGAAGCUUGCGCUCACCAGAUCAGACUCCUAUCCAAAGAUCCAGAUGUUCAGGGCCCUACUGUCAAGGUGUGCACCCUGUAUGCGGCUCAGCCAAGUUCACAACAACUUUCAGUAUUCCAGCCGGCACCGGCUAACACUAGAAAGGUUGUUAUAAGCACGAAUAUUGCUGAAACAAGUGUAACUAUUCCAGGAAUCAAAUAUGUUAUUGAUAGUGGCAUGGUUAAGGCAAGGUCUUUCCAUUCAUCCACCGGUCUCGAACUCCUCAAAACGCAAAAGAUUUCUCAAGAACAAGCCUGGCAACGAGCUGGAAGGGCAGGUAGGGACUCUGAGGGCUACUGUUACCGUCUGUAUACCCGCUCACAGUUCGAAUUGAUGCGAAAAUCCAACGUACCGGAAAUACAAAGAGCCAAUCUCACCACCGUCGCCUUACAGUUGUUAGCGUUGGGAAUACAUUCGGUGAACUUCGAUUUCAUGGAUAAACCGCAAAAAGAUGCCGUAUUGGCCGCCUUCGAACAAUUGAAGAUGCUCGGAGCCGUCGACAACAUUAUGGCAAACGGCUUGACGUCCCUCGGGAAAAAGAUAGCGAAGUUUCCUCUGGACCCUCGCUUCUCCAAAAUCAUUCUCUCUGCCCACCAAUACGGCUGCCUCGAAGAAGCUUUAACUGUGAUAUCUCUUCUGAGUAGCGAAUCGAUUCUCCUGAAUCCUCCGAACAGACGCGAACAGGCUCGAAACGUAAGGCAAAAGUUUUGUUCGGCUUACGGCGACCACAUAACGCAUUUGAAUAUAUACAGGGAGUUCAACAAUGUUGGGCAGAGCAACAAGCGGAACUGGUGCCAUGAACAUUUCGUCAACAUGAGGAAUAUACUGCACGCCAGAGAAAUUAGGAAUCAGUUGGAGGAGAUCUGCAAGAAGGCUGAUAUGACUUUGACUUCGUGCGGUAGUCAGAUGGAUCAGCUCAGAAAAUGUUUGGUAACUGGUCUGUUCAUGAAUGUUGCCGAAUUGGUGCGAGAUAAGCAGUAUAUAACGCUGGAUAAAAAACAAGCAGUUCUAAUCCAUCCCAGUUCCAGCCUGCAUGGUCAACAACCUGGUUUAGUCAUAUUUACAGAAGUUGUACAAACUAGUAAGUGUUACUUGAGAGGAUUAACAACGAUAGAAAGUGAUUGGUUAAGUGAAAUAGCUCCUGAAUAUUUGAAAAAUCAUCAUAUGAAAGUCACUAAUGGUAGUUGA